CGAGGAAUCCCUAGUAAGCGCAAGUCAUCAGCUUGCGUUGAUUACGUCCCUGCCCUUUGUACACACCGCCCGUCGCUACUACCGAUUGAAUGGCUCAGUGAGGCUUUCGGACUGGCCCAGAGAGGUCGGCAACGACCACUCAGGGCCGGAAAGUUAUCCAAACUCGGUCAUUUAGAGGAAAAUUCCGUGAAUCAUCGAAUCUUUGAACGCACAUUGCGCCCGCCGGCAUUCCGGCGGGCAUGCCUGUCCGAGCGUCAUUUCGACCAUCAAGCCCCGGGCUUGUGUUGGGGACCUGCGGCUGCCCGCAGGCCCCGAAAACCAGUGGCGCGUAGUAGCAACCACCUCGCUCAGGGCGUGCUCCGGGUCCCGGCCGUUAAACGGAAAGCAACCCCCCAAAGGUUGACCUCGGAUCAGGUAGGAGGACCCGCUGAACUUAAGCAUAUCAAUAAGCGGAGGAAAAGAAACCAACAGGGAUUGCCCUAG